AUGCUCGACAUCAACGACUUCGAGGCGGUCUUCGCCUCAGACUUAACCGGCGGGGACAUCUAUCCGCAUGCCACCGUCAACACAAUUCGCGCAAACCGCCGCACGCUCGGCGGCACUCUCUUCUUCGACAGGUUGCUCGCCCAACUGCACGUUAAGAGCGGCUACCUCUACCCCCCUUCCAAGAAUGCCGACCUGCGCGAGCUGCACGAGCGCAUCACGGCCUCCCCCAUCGCCGACCACUACAAGCAGUCACUGCUCUUCUACCUCCUAAAAGACAGCAGCGGCGAGAUUUCCAGCCAGCCCGAAGACUUCGCCAAAAGCGUCUGCCUCCCGCGCAAAUACUGGGUCGUCAUCGAAGGCCUCUGGCACAUGGACCGCCUGCAAUUCACCACGCCGCGCCAGAACGCACUCGAGUCACUGACGCACCCCUCGCUCCUCCCCACCUUCCCAGAAGAAGUCCUCCGCGUCCUGCUCGAGCACGCAACCAGCGAGACCUCCGACCAGCACCACCAGCGCCGCCACCACCACCAACAGACCAGCGGCACGCAACACCUGCCGCUGGCGUACUACAACGCGGUGCGGCCGCCGCUCAGCAGCGACCCGGAGCUGCAGCGCGCCUACUUCCGCUACCUGGCGGGCCUGUCGGUCACGCAGGCCUACUUCUUCGCGCGCGCCCAGCCGAGCCAGGACCACCGCGCGCUGCUCGAGCUGCUCGUCCACGAGGCCAUGGCGCCGUCGUCGGCCGCCCGCGCCCGCCGCACCGAGGAGCUCGUCGACCUGCCGCUGACCGACGAGGAAGAGGGCUGGUUCGAGGACUACUUGCUCGAGGGCAAGGGCAGGUCGCUGCACGCUUCGCGCGACACCGUCAUGGCCAGGCGGCUUGCCACGGGGAGGUACCCGGACGCCGUCGACGUUGGCAAGGAUUUGAGCGGCAGGAGGUUCAAUGACGUUACGUGGGAUGGGGUUAAGGAUAUUCUGAGCGCUGGACUGGGAUCUAGGGGUACAGAGGGCGUCUUUCAGAUGGCCGACUUCGAUUAA